GUGAUGCGACCUCCGCGCUGUACCUCCAUAGACAACUGUCAUCUAACUACUGUCAAAUGAGUCAACGUUUCAGUUAAAUAAAACCAAUAUUUUUCUUGGUUUCUCGUUUUAUUAUGCCACAAUUUAUUUAACUGAGAAUGACUGACGAAAAACUAGGCAAGCCUUCGCUGUUAAGAUAUCUGCGACCCGAUAAGUUUGACAUCGAGCCUGAUGUCGCGGACUCCGAUACAAAAUGGCUACAUUGGAAAUCGACAUUCGAAAGCUUCUUAGCAGAAGAGAUUACCGAAGAUGUACCGGACUCCCUUAAGCGUAAGAUCCUAGUUAACCACUUAUCGGCAUCGAUUUAUAAGCAUAUCAAAACAUGCUCCACUUAUAAAGAUUCGAUGAAAGUUCUAGAAGACAUCUAUGUCAAACCGAAAAAUACUAUUCUAGCUCGACACAUUCUCUUCAAUCGCAAGCAACGAGCCGACGAAUCGAUCUCUGACUAUGUUAGAGCUCUCCGACUUUCUGCGAAAGAUUGUAAAUUCGAAGACGUCACAGCCCAAGAGCAUGAAGACCAAGCAGUUCGUAGUGCUCUCAUAUCCGGCUUACUAUCACGAAGGAUUCGCGAGCGGUUACUAGAAAACUCUAAACUCACUCUCUCAGAAGCACUUAAUCAAGCCGUAGCUCUGGAAACGGCAGAGAAGGAUGCAGUUACUAUUGGUAUUAGCUCUUCGCAACUUACCGCCAUAUCGCAAGGUAUUUCACGGGUAAAGGAAUCCGAAAAUCUAGUGGCGGCUCUAUCGUCACGAACUUUUCAAGCCGCCCCGAACACGCCACCUCCGGCUAAACCCUGCUUCUUUUGCGGCGGGAGUCUUCAUCCAAGGUUCAGAUGUCCAGCCAACAAAGCCACUUGCAAAAAGUGCUCAAAGAAAGGACACUUCGCAAGCGUCUGUAGAUCGGGCAAUUUUAACUUGAACUCCACGACAGUUGAAGAUCCUACAACCCCUAACAACGACCAAUUCUACAGUGGAGCUAUUUCUGCUGCCUCUCCUUCGAGCCUUAGGAGUGCAACAAUUCCAAUCAUGGUCAACGAAUACAAGGCUGAUGCUCUCGUCGAUACAGGAAGUUCGGUCAGCUUUAUUAAUGGUAAAGUUGCUCGCAUAAUGAAACUACGCAAAAAACCCUGCCAGCAGACAGUCAAUCUCGCUUCUCUCAAUCAAGUUUCCUUUGUUGAAGGUGUCUGCUUUGCUACUAUUACGAUGAAUGAGCAUACUUAUAAACAAACACCUCUUCUAGUUGUCGACAACCUCUGUGCCGACGUCAUCAUCGGCCAUGACUUGCUCAAACAUCACUCGAGCAUUCAUUUCAAUCUUGGUGGGCCUGGCGAACCUUUAGAGAUAUGCAACGUGUUACAAGCUUCGGUGCCGCCAGCCUCCGUAUUUACAAAUCUGUCGCCAAACAUUCGACCGAUCGUCGUGAGAAGCCGGCGCUACAGCAAGGAAGAUGAGGACUUCAUAAAAGAAGAAGUGUCUAAAUUACUUGAAGACGGGGUCGUUGAAACAAGCAUUUCCCCCUGGAGAGCUCAAGUCCUCGUAGCGGGAGGAGGAGUUCAUCGAAAACGACUUGUCAUUGAUUACUCCAUGACAAUAAACAAAUUCACCGAACUGGAUGCCUUCCCCUUGCCAAGCAUAGAAUCAGUCGUGAAUAACGUAUCAAGAUUUAAAGUGUUCAGUCAAAUCGACUUAAAGAGCGCAUAUCAUCAAGUACCCAUCUUAGAAAAUGAAAAGAUAUAUACAGCUUUCGAAGCUUGCGGCAAAUUGUACCAGUUUACACGCAUUCCAUUUGGCGUGACUAAUGGCGUUGCAGCUUUUCAACGAACUCUGGACUUCAUCAUAACAGAAGAGAAAUUAGAAGGAACGUUUGCCUACUUAGAUGAUGUAACCGUCUGCGGCAAAGAUCAAAGGGAUCAUGACCACAAUCUAAAACGCUUUUUGGACGCCGCUAAUAAAUUUCAUUUAACUCUAAACGAACAGAAGAGUAGCUUCCCGCUCCAACUAAAACUAGUGAACUAA